UAGUUUUUGUUUAUUGCUUUGAGUAAUUUGUUUGUACAUUUUUCCAAUUGAUUGAAAAAGAAGCCGGUAAAAUGCUAGUGUUACUGAGGAUAAUUGUAUUUUGGACAUUGCUAUUAUCUAGCAAUGCUUCCGAAAUUGAUGUCAAUGGCUAUUUAGCAUAUUGUCCUUGCAUGGGUCGAUUUGGUAAUCAAGCCGAUCAUUUCUUAGGAGCAUUAGCUUUCUCCAAAGCUCUUAAUCGUACAUUAAUUUUACCACCAUGGGUUGAAUAUAGGAAAGGUGAAAUACGUUCUACACAAGUUCCUUUCGACACGUAUUUUCAGGUGAAGCCUUUACAAGAAUUUCACCGUGUUAUACUAAUGGCUGAUUUUAUGAUGCAUAUGGCUCCAAAAGUUUGGCCUGAAAAUGAACGUAUUUCAUUUUGCUACAUGGAAAGGAAAACUUUAAGUCCCAAUAAAGCUCCGAAACCUGACUGUCAUGCAAAAGAUGGAAAUCCUUUUGGUCCAUUUUGGGAUACGUACAACAUAUCCUUCGUGGAUUCUGUGUUCUACAGUCCUCUUAACUUCGACAUACAUCACAGAGCAAUGGCAACAAAAUGGCAAGAGAAGUAUCCGCCCACAGAAUGGCCUGUUAUACCAUUUACUGGUGCACCAGCUAGCUUUCCCGUACAAGCCGAGAAUAGGGAUUUGCAUCGUUAUUUACGUUGGUCAAAUAUUUAUGAAGAUAUGAUGCGUACUUUUAUUAAAAAUAAUUUACCUCGUGGUGCUUUUAUUGGUAUUCACCUCCGUAAUGGUAUUGACUGGGUACGAGCAUGUGAACAUGUAAGAGAUAGUCAGCAGUUAUUCGCUUCACCACAAUGCCUCGGAUAUAAUAAUGAGCGUGGUUCAUUAUAUUUCGAUCUUUGCUUGCCAUCUAAAGAGCUUAUUAUUAGACAAAUCAAACGUUUGAUUAAGAGCGUUAAGCAAAGUAAUCCUACCAAUGAGAUUCGUUCAAUAUUUGUGGCAGCAGACGCUAAUCAUAUGAUAAUAGAAUUAAACACAGCAUUGUCGCGUAUGAAUGUUACCGCCCAUAAAUUAUAUAAUGAUGAUCCGCACCUUGAUCUAGCCAUAUUAGGUAUGGCAAACCAUUUCAUCGGAAAUUGUGUUUCGUCAUUUAGUGCAUUUGUUAAAAGAGAACGAGAUGUUAAAGGUUUACCUUCAUAUUUUUGGGCGUAUCCGAAAGAAAAAGAACGCCAACAUGCAAGAACCCAUGAAGAACUCUAAAUCAUUCACAAACAUGUUGAUCGCAUUUAACUCGCAUUUGAACUUAAUAAAAUUUUCAUAUACAUAUGUAUGCUCUAUAAGG